AUGCAGCCUCUCCCCUCAGAAGACUCGGACAAUCUGUCCAGCGUUGAUCAAGACAAUACCAAGUCCGAAAACCUAGCAGAAGCCGACACUACGGAACAAUCGAGUGAACACAUCAAUGGUGACAAUGGGAAGGGUCAUAAACAUCAAGUGAUUACGAUGGAGGACGACCGAAACAUGGCGAACUCAGAACCGGCUACCUCCCAUGCACCAAAUCCAGAAGAUAGCGCCUUAGGUGAACAACUACAAAGAUCGGCAGAAGAGAGCCUCAGCGAUGCCGAAGUCGAGGCGGUUUCUACUUCUCAGACCGAUGCAAAUGAAGAUGUCUCCAUGACAGACGCCGAUGCCGCUGCGGAAACCGAAGAUGAGGAAGCAGAACAAGGGACCGCAGGAGACGACGUCGGCAGGGAUGAUUCCGAGGAUGAGGAGGAAGAUGAGGAGAGUGGAGAAGGCUCACAGAACUCGUCGGAUGAAGACGAAUCAUCCUCAUUAGAAUCAAAUGAAGAAGAUGGAGAGGAUGAAAAGCAAGAAUGCAUAUUCUGCAAGCAAAAGGAUAUUGCGUCUGGCGAAGGCGAUAAAGCAGAUUUGAUUUGCUCAGGGUGCGGAAACAAUGCGCACCUCAACUGUGCUCAAGAGAAGGAUGCAGUGAAAGAUGAGGAUAUAUCCCAAUGGCAGUGCCCUGAGUGCUUGAAGAAAGCUCCACUGUCAGAAUCUCCCAAAGAGCAGGCUGCACGAUCUAAGAACUCUGCACCUCGACUUGUUAGAGAUUUGUUACCUGUUACGCGUGGAGUGCAAAAGCCAAACUCACACUCGAUCUUUGCUCAGCCUCUGAUAUCAGAGACUGAAGAUGGAGGUCGUGCCCUUAGAAAGAGGAAAUCCCCAACUCAGGAACCUCCACCAACUGAGAAGAGACGUCGGAAGGCUACGCCACGGGCACCAACGAGCAGCAAAACGGACAGCAAGUUAGAAGUCGAUAGAGCGGUGGCCCAUUCGACUAGAAGAUCGAGCCAAAAGAUAACGCCGCCCGUGGCACGGAUAUUGCAGCAUCGACCUUUUGAGAAAGCACCACCUCAUAAAUUCAUCCUUGCUUUUCGGUUAGACCAAUCGAUGAUUGAGAACAUCUUAAGCAAACCUCCUCGGCCAGGAAAAAGAAGAGAGAGGAAGGAUCGAAGAAAACCUCCGAAGAUACCUCCGCCAAUUUUCCAACCCCCUGUCCCUAAGUUCCCUGCAUUGCCAACCCACAAUCUCAUUUUCCCCUCGGCAUUCACGGACCGAGAGGCUGAACUAAAUGCCAAACCAUAUGGUGGUAUUCUUUCAGAAGCUGACGCGGUCACGACUCGUUCACUACCUCAAUUGAAGGAUCGGGAAAUAUUUGAGAUCGCAAGGAAAGAAGCAGAAGAAGAACGACGGAGAACAUCUGCAGCUGCUGAGGCGGAGAUCAACGGAGACAGUGGCACAACAUCAAAGCCCAGCCGAACCGUGUCUGGUCCGCCCAGCAAGAUCAAAUGCAUUCAAUUCGGCAAGUUUGUCAUCGACACCUUCUAUGCCGCUCCAUAUCCCGAAGAAUAUUCCCACGAAUCGCGGCUGUUUAUUUGCGAAUUCUGCUUGAAAUAUCUCCCUUCUGAAUUUGUGGCAUACCGACACAAAUUAAAAUGCCCGGCCAAACAUCCUCCGGGGGACGAGAUAUAUCGAGAUGGUACUGUCUCUGUCUGGGAGGUCGAUGGCCGGAAGAAGACCGAAUACUGUCAAUGCCUCUGUCUUAUGGCUAAGAUGUUUUUGGGAUCGAAGACCCUGUACUACGAUGUCGAACCAUUCCUUUUCUACAUCUUAACCGAAUACGACGAAUUGGGCUAUCAUUUUGUAGGAUACUUCAGCAAAGAAAAGAGACCGGCCAGCCAGAAUAACGUCAGCUGUAUCUUGGUGAUGCCAAUUCACCAGAGAAAAGGCUAUGCAACUUUCUUGAUUGACUUCUCGUACUUAUUGACGAGGAUUGAAGGCAAGGAGGGGUCGCCUGAGAAGCCGCUGUCAGAUAUGGGCCUGACAGCAUACCGGUCAUACUGGGACUUGACCAUAUCAAGACAUUUGCUGGAUUUGGAAUGGAAGCCCUUCAGCACGAAGAUGUUAAUGGCCAGGACUGGAAUGACCGCCGAUGAUGUGAUCCACUCUCUUGAACGACUGUAUGCCUUUGUUCGAGAUCCAGUGACAAAGACAUAUGCUGUUAGAUAUGAUAAGAAGCUCUACCAGCGGAUUGUGGACGAAUACGAAUCAAAGAAGCAUCGGGAACUGAAGCCGGAAAACCUUGUAUGGACACCCUAUAUCAUGGGACGAAGCGAUCAAGCUACGUUGGAUGGUCAACCACUUCAAGCUCUGGCGCCUCGGGAUGACGAGGUCGAAGAAGAGGAUGUUGGUAAAGAAGUCGCAAUGUCGAAAACUGGGGAAUCUCCUGAUAAUGCAGUCGAUACCGAACCCGACCAACUCUCACCCAGGUCAAAGUCAAAAUCAACCAAGGUUCCGUCACAACAAGAGUCAAUGGCAGAGAAUGAUGCCGAAGUCGAUGUCAAAGACCCUUCGCUGGUGGAUGAUCGAGGCAAUAUCGUUCCAGGACCUCCAUCGACCGACGCACUCAAUGGUGUAAUGUUGACCCAAGUUAGUCGUCCAGAAAUCAAAGUGAACGGUCUCGUUAAUGGUGAUUCAAAGAAGGAAGAAGCCGACACCAAAGAGGACGAACCACCAGCAGAAGAGUCUCUCAGUGGAUAUGCGCUUGCAUAUCGCAAUCUCGCCAUUCCUCCAGCGCGCUUCCAAAUCGACCCUCCCAUUCCGCCUUCGAUGCUUCGACAACGAAGCACGAAGAAGCGAAACGCAGCCAGCGCUUUUGGCACCCAGAAGGCUAACGGUCUUGCUGACUCACCGUCCGUUCCGGUUGCAGUACGCAGUUCACCGCGGAACGUUCUCAGUGUCAAUGGCAGCACGAGCGGUGCAAUGAAUGGGCGGGGUAGUCGAGCCAACUCACCCGACAAGAUCCCCGACACACCUGUGAGGCGCAGUGGACGGAGGAGCGGUCUGUCAACUGUAGAGAUGGCGAGUAUCGAUGGAUCGGCUGAUGACACGGAGCAGGCGGGAUUAGGAGAAGGCGAAGGGACAGGGACAAAGACGGAGAUAGAGCGAGAUGAAGAAGAAGAGGAGGAAGAAAGGUCGUCGUCGAGCGAAGAGGAUGAUCAAGAUGAUGGAGACGCCUCUGUUGAAAGCGAGGAGGAAGAUGAGGACGACGAGGACGCUGCGAUUCCCGACGACGAAGACAGCGAGAGUGAAGAAGAUGAUGACGGCGACGACGACGACGACGACGACGACGACGACAGUGAUCCCGAUGCCGACGUUGACGAUGAUGAGGACGAGGACGAUGACGAAGAAGCAGCCGAGGAUGAGGACGAUGACGACGAUGAUUGA